AUGCCCGGAGGACGCGGUGUGUUUUGCGAUGCCCUGUCCGAAGAUUUGGCAGAUGGGCGCUCCCUUGACGUCUCCUUCGCCACUUUCGUCGAGACCCGAUUGAACUUCACCAGCUGGGUGGCCAAGUACUCCUCGGGCGACCAGAAGCCUCGCUUGGACUCUCUCCUGACGCAGAGUGCCCGGCGCGAGGGAAGUAUGAGCUCACGAAAUGUGGUCCGCAGCUUCGUUGAAGGCCUUGCCGCAAGCUACAACGGCAAUUUAAAAUCGAUGCUCGCCUUCUGCAGUGAUGAGUUCCAGGAGGACAAGUCUGGUGGCAUCUUCGGAAGAUUGACGGAGAGGCAGGUUGGAGGAGUUCCCGUGCCGAACCCGAAGAAGGCGUUCAUCGGGCGCAGCUUGAUCCUGCCCGGAGGAGCUGGGGAAGGCAUCCGCAUCUGUUUCGUCAGCUGUCACUUCCCCAUCACGCAGAUAGCUGCAGCGCUGGAGGACCCUGUACAGGACCCACUGGAAGCAGCGAAGAUCGCAUUGGCAAAGACCUUGCGCAAGGUGCUCCGCAAAGCUCACCAGAGGAGCCUCACCGACGAGCGAACGAUCAUCUUCGUGCAAGGGGACAUCAACAGCCGGACCGUGCUCCGGGAGGGGGAGGUCAAUGAUGUCCUGUUGGAGCUGCUGGAAGACGAGUCGCUGCAGUCGGCAAUUCAGCAGCAGUUGGAAGAUUUGCCUGCCGGGCGAUGGCGUGAAGCCGUGUCGCACGACAGCGUGCAUGAGCUACCUGUAACUUACAAAUUCAGCAACAAGAAGGUGUGCCAGACUGGCAACAGUCCCGCACGCCGGCGUGAGCGUGCGGAGCAGUCCCCCAAAAGCGAGGAGUCAGGCUCAGACCGCGAGCAUUAUCUCACCAUAGGUGAUGUGAUGUCCAAGGCGCGACUGCAAGCCGAUUCUGUUCCGGACUUGAGCAAGGUUCAGACCACGAAGACGACCUCCACAACGACAAGCAAGCGCACAGAAGGCGGUCUUUACAAGAGGACCUUGGCGACUCUGGGACAGGAGUGGCUGGACAACUGGGGGGUGGCCUUCAAGCAGAAGGACUUCCGAUCUUUCAGGUUCCCCUCGUGUGCUGACCGGGUGAUCUACUGGGCCUCGGAUGCGCUGUAUGAUCGUAUGAGCUGGGAGCUGCCGAGGGGCGGCUACGAGGUCAACCACUCGCAACUGGGAAGUGACCAUCGCCCUGUCAGCUUGGAGGUCAUCUUGAGAAUCUCCGAGGACCCUAUCCGAGAGUCCAAGACUCUGAAGCCAGCCCGCAGCUACAUGACGGAGGGCUUCCUCUCGGAGCCUGAAGAUCCCAUGUCAGAGGCAGAGGAGGAUGGCUUGGAAUCCUGCGAGGCCACACCCAGGACGGUCGCAUCGUCGCCGCCCGCAUUCGGAGAAGUCCGCGCGGUCGCCCAGUCGCCGCCGCUCAGAGUCAGAUCAAGAUUCCUGAGCAAAGUAUCUGCCUUGCCAAAGGGCAAGCUGCAGAAACUUUGGGACAAGUCGACGGCUGCGAAGUGGUCGUCCGGCUUGGGAGGAUCGCUGGACGGCGAGCCAGCUGUUUAUAAAGAUCACAAUGGAAUAUGUGCUGUCCACUCGCUACUUCGCGCGAGUGCCAGUGGCUACACACCGCCCCGGUACAACAGGCUCCGAGUAAAUCUCCGAUUCGGCCUGUACAGGCUGCGCAUGCUGGGCAUGGUGCGCAGCUGCAUGUGGCUUCACAGCGACGCGGCCUACCACUCCAAGAGCUACCACAAGGAGGCCUUGCGGACUGUGUACCGUCGGAGGCUCGAUCACCUGGGCCUGAAGCUUCAACAGCUGGACUUGGGUGGCGACGUGGAGAACACAGAAAGGGAGGGCGUGCCAUAUGGAAACCUCCUGGGCUCCGUGCAGCUUCCUGGCUCACUGCAGGGAGCCCAGGAGGCACGAUACCUGGCCAUGCGCCAGGCUCUAGCAGUCAUCGAGGCGCAGCCCGACGGCCUGUGCGGCGGUUGCGCCGAGUGGCAAAACCGGCACCGUCGGGACACGAAGCAACUCCUCCAGGAAGUCGCCCAUUUGAGGGCAGCUUUGCAAAGGAUGCUGGCUCAGAUGGGACAGUUGCUACCUGCCGAAGACGUUUCUAGGCUGCAACAGGAGCUGAAUCUUGACUCCCGUCUGUUCAACCAGGGCUCGAAGCCCUGCAUCACGGAGAACGACCUCGCAACCAUGAAGUUGGCCAGCGUUGGUAAAGAGGUCGUCAACUUGAAGGCAGAAAACGCCGCGUUGAAGAAGCGACAAGCAGAAAGCGAAGCGGAGCUGGCGCAGCAGCAGCGGCGAAGUGCGGCGUUGGAACGAGAGCUCCGGGAACUGAAGCAGCAAAUGGCUCAGAAGGAGAUCCAGGCCGCCAGCCCCGAGUUCUCUUUCGAAGCCCGCCGUGGGAAGCCGCAGAAGACGAAGGACCUGUCUCUGUUCCCUCGGAGCUUCUCGAAGCAAAAGGAGGAGUCCUACCUCAGUCGCUGUCCCUCGCGACCCACUGUCGUCGACAUGAAAUUGGCAUCCUCCCCGAGCUUGGGUCGACUGCAGCUCGGUGCAACGCCUUAG